AUGGGGAAUACAUACGAAUCAUCGAAACCGGUCUUUUGGUUCAUUACCGUCGGUAAAAUCGAGUCAUGGACAUACGAACGCUUCCAUCACGAAUACAACGAUAUACAUGCGAAAAUGACGGCUGGCGUCGCUGAGCAAGUUCAUGAUUUACAAGACUAUACUCAGCUUAUGGUAGAAUACGAUGAAAAGACGGAUAAACCAACUAGAGGCGCCGACGACAAUGAAGGUUGGCACGGCUUAACGAUCCACAUUUGGUCCAGCCUACAAGCCCUAUACACGUCUUUCGCGGACCCCAGUUAUGAGGCGUCCGCCAAAAAGCACAUAUUCUGCAGACAGGAUCAGAAAGGAUGCUUUGCGGAACUGUUAGCCGAGUUUGCGUCGCCAGGCUAUGUCUCGGAUGGGUCGACCAAGGUACGAAGCAUCAUAUUCCAUCGGAAGAAUCCUUUGCGCGGAGAUUCGCAGUCAGACCGAGCCUGGCUAGAUGAACGAUCAAAAAAAGCAAAGCAAUUGAUUGAGGGUCGCUCAAACCUGCUCCGAUAUCGCCAGUAUCUCGACUGUACACCACAGACCAUCAAUCAUUUCUUCAAGGGCACGCCGUUCGCUGGAGGAUCUUGGCAAGAAUUUUGUGCAGCGGAAGACAUGAUCUUCGACGAUCUGGAAGCGGCGUCGCGCUUUUUGAACGAGUACAGAGACUGGAUCUAUGACGGUAAAAAGCCUUUGAUCAUAACUGGCAAGGGAUACAAGGUUUUUGGAACAGAUUGA